UCUCGUCUGUUUUCUCCACUCACACAUACAGACACACACACACACACAUACAUAUACAGAGGCAUGGUAUGGUCCGGGGUAUUCAGCAGUGCAGAUUUCUCUUAGAGAGGUCGAGGAGUAUUUUGUCAAGACAUGGACUUUAGUCAAAAGCGGAAUUGAAAACCGCUUCACUGCUUGGACUGGACGCUCAAUCACUCACAGCUGAAAGUCAAAUAAAAGGGGAAAGUGGAAUUUUUAUGACGCAUCCAGUUCAAUGAUGGCAUUGCCAAAUGACAUCACCCUUUUCAACUCCACCUCAUCCCCCUUGACAACAGAGAUCUAUCUGAACAUCUCUGUAUCCCCCUCGGCCCCCUCCUGCACAGACUGGCCUGCUGUACCCAUGAAUACGUUAAUCCCCGCCAUCUAUAGCAUCAUCUGUGUGCUGGGCAUCAUAGGCAACACCCUGACAGUUUGGGUGUUGGCCCAUUCCAGCACCUCAAGGAGAACUGUGGCUAACACCUUCAUGCUGAACCUGUGUGUGUCCGACCUGCUGUUCCUGCUGUCCCUCCCCCUGUGGGCCGUCUACUAUUCCAAUGGCUACAAAUGGACUUUUGGCCGUGCUGCCUGCAAAGUGUGUGGAGCUCUCCUCCACCUCAACCUCUACGCGUCCAUCUUCUUCAUCAUGUCAAUGAGCGUGGACCGCUACCUUGCUAUUGUGCAUCCGCUGCGCUCCCAGGGAUCACGGUACCCCAAACGUGCUCGGUUCACGUGCAUCGUGGUGUGGGUGCUUGCGUGUGCUUGCUCAGCCCCCACCUUGUUUCUGAGGGACACUAUCUACCUGCCUGCGUUAGGUGUAGAGGUCUGUGGGAUUGACUAUCCUGAUCGGGCCUGGGACCUGACCCUGGCCUGGAUGAAGAUUGCUUUGGCCUUUCUCCUGCCGCUGUUAGUCAUUUCUUGCUGUUACUGGGCGAUUGGCAGGCAUCUGUUGGCUGAUACGGGGCUGGGAAGAAUGCGGACAACAUCGCAGCCCUCCAACAUGCCCUCUUUUAAAUCCCUGGAGUCCAAGGAUAACUGCAUUAAACCAGAGAGACCCCCGACCCCUUGUGUGAGUCCCAGCUCAAGCGUGGGCAGACCCCUGGAGGGCAGGGGGCUGGAGCGGGUGUUAUGGACAGUAGCUUCGGUGGUCCUAGCCUUCUUCAUCUGCUGGUUCCCCUUCCACUGCGUGACCUUCUUAGAAUUGCUGAAGAACGAGGGCUGGUUGAACGGCUGCUUGGUGAAUUGGACAACCCAAAACCUCACCCCCCUCACUCUCUGCAUGGGAUUCUCUAACUCGGCCAUAAACCCUGUGCUCUAUUGCUUUAUCGGAAACCAUUUCCGGGGCCGCCUCGGGGGGCUCUGCCAGGGUCUGUUUGCUUGUCUGAAGGCCCGCGGGGAGGACCACAGACAGAAGAGAGGCUCCUUCAGCACCAGGCUCAGCUCCUUCUCCCAAAAACUCAGUGACCUGAAAGACCUGGUGAUUGUUGAGCCGUCUGGUCAUACCUAACUACCUGAAGGGGAGGAGGAGGCUUUCCACCUUCCUCCACUGGCUUCACACCCCAAACAGUGAUGCCAACUUCAAAUGACGACUGAACUCCCAACUAGCAUGGAUGUGUGUCGCAGAGCUGUUACUACAACUGACUGAAUUACAUUUCAUUAGAGCCAGAGUGCACAAAAAGACAGAAACAAGUCAC